AUGGCUCGAGCGGCUCAAGACGGCGCCAUCCCCGGCGGCUCCAGCAUCACAAGGUAUCUCAUCCACGACGUGGAAGAGACCAAACACGCCGGUAGCGAUGAGGAGCCGAUGGCGAGCGAACGUGAGAGCCCGGACGCCAUGCGCGGCGACACGCGGCAGAGCCUCAUGCGCACCCUCGGCGCCGCAGCGCUGCAGACCGCGACGCAGCCCAAGCCCAAGAAGGCCCGUGUGUCCCGAGCGCUGUGGCACGACGAGUACUUUGAGACGAGCCAGGCCGCGGGCGACGUGCAGAGCCGGACCUGCAAGAUCUGCACCCUCCAGUACGCGGGCUCCACCUCCUCGGGCACCCGUAUCAAGCAUCUCAAGACCCAUGGGAUCGUCGACCCCGAGUCGCCCACCGUCGUCACGUCGCCGCCGACGGGGAAGGGUUUGCUCGUGCAGUCCAAGAUGGCCACGCCCAUGUCAGCGCACGCGAGCAAGGCCAUGGACAGCUUUGUCGCCGAGUACAUCGCGACGAGUGGUCUAGGCCAUAAACACGUAACAUCGGAUCCCUUUACGACUCUUCUUCAACGAGCUGCCCCAGGUUACGAGCCCAAGUCUGAGCGCACGGUCAAGCGCCGCAUGCUCGAGAUGUAUGUCGUCCUCAAGCUACUCAUUCUACAGUACUUUACUACUUUUGGCUCUUGCGUCUCCUUGACCUACGACGGUUGGACAAACGACGCCAUGACCGGCUUCUUCUCGGUCACCCUCCACUGGAUGGACCCGGCGUCGUUCUCCAUGUGCAACUGCAUCAUUGACUUCUUUUGGGUGGCCCCGGGCGAAGGCGUGGGCAAGCGCAUGGCGCAGCGCCUGCACGAGCUGCUCGACGACUUUGGCGUGUGGCCGCGCCUGCUCGCCGUCGUCACCGACAGCGGUUCUGACGCCGUCGCAUCCGCCAAAUCCCUCACGCUCCCCGAGGGGAGCAACCUGCGCUCGACGUGCUGCUUGCGGUGCAUCGCGCACUGCGUCAACCUCGGCGUCAAGGCCUCAUUCGGCGCGUUCGAGACACUGCUGCGCAGCCUCCGCGCGACGCUCGGCGCUAUCCGCAAGAGCAAGACGAAGAGGGCGGCCUACACGUCGCUCGCGCGGCACUACCUCAAGUGCCCGCUGCAGCCGCCUUGCCUCGACGUGGUCACACGUUGGGGUAGCACGUACGUGAUGCUCACGGCGUCGCUAAGGCAGCGCCAAGUGAUCGACGCCAUCUGCCUUGAGCCCGGCUGGUCGCGGAGCCAGGCCGGCUUGUCGGACGAGCAGUGGGAGCAGGCGGCGCUGCUCUGCCAGUUCUUGGAGAAGCCGGCGGCCAUCUCCGAUGCCAUGGGCGCCGAGGAGUACUGCACCAUCUCGAACGCCAUCACGGCGCAGGAGGCUCUCUUGAGCCACUGCAUGACCCACCGCCCGAGUCCUCAUGUGGUCGUGAGCUCGGCCGCCGUGACCAUCUCCGACUACAUGGUCAAGUACAGCGACCUUCUCUCGUCCGAACCAAGCCGCGUCGCCCGCUUUCUCGACCUGCGCCACCCCAAGCCCGCGGCCUCGAGCACCGAGUACAGCAAUAUCAAGGACAUGAUGACGGACAUUCUCAACCAGCGCUACCCAGCGUUGACGACGGACGCGGCGCCGAAGGCGGCGCCGCAUGGCGGCAUUAACAUCCUCUUUGACAUGGUCUACGCGCCCAACGCUCACGACGGCGCCGCCUCCGAGGUCGACCGCUUCCUGCUUGAGCCGACUCAGGACCUGAGCAUGGACGUCGUCGAGUGGUGGAAGCUGUACGGCGGCAAGUACCCGCGCCUACGACGCGUGGCCCUCGACUAUUUGCCUAUCCCGGCGUCGUCCGUGCCCUCCGAGAGAGCAAACUCGGCUGCCAAGCGCUCCUUUCUCGACCGACCAAACCUGCACAAGUGCACGUUCAAGGCCGAGAUGUGUGAUAUCAAGGCGCAGCCGAGCGGAGCCAGAGAGGUAUCGGCCUCCUACUCGCGUAGCCAAGCCGAGUGCAGCAGCCGCAGGGGCUCAUGCGAUGCGGAUGCAUACCAAUCGGAGGUGUCGCACCGGUGUCAAUAUGGUGUCGCGGCUCCGCGCCCGGUGGAGGAGAUGGAGGCCCACUCGGCGGAAGCGGCGAAGGCAGAGCGAGAUGUUGAGUUCCUGGGACAGCUCCAGCAUACGGGAAAGGAUGAGAGGAUCAAAGUGAUCAGCCGUCGCGUCGGGGCAGACGCCUCGAGCGUCUCCACUUGCGCUUCCCGCGUUCUGCGCGUCUCCAACAAAAUGGCGUCCGGCGGCCAUGUGGUGUCAGCCUCACGCAAGAUGGCGUCGCAAGGCUCCGUCGCCGCCGCCCCGCCCAAGAUGGAGGCCUCCCCCCGCGUGGCAGGAGCAAUGGCGGACGUCGUUUCCCGCCGAAGUUCCUGGUCCUCGGCAUUUAGCUGA